UCACCUGCCUCAGUCAGUGCUCUCCUUUCUUGCCUGAGAAAAAGAGAGGCACAAAAUAUUUGGACAAUCUUUGUGGGCUCCUGAAGUGGCCUGAACAUGAAGACUCUUAUUAAAGUCGUGUCCUUCUGUCUGAUCAUCUCACAACUGACCGAUGGAAGAAAAUUUCGGGGUAACCGAGCAGACACAGAGCCUGGAGAGAGAAUGAAGAUGCUCUAUCAACCUAAAUCAGUCUUCAGGCUUUACACUGAUGGGGAAUACAUAGACGACAUGUGCACAGUUGAGCUCUUCCAGCCUCACACACUGGACGCUUGUGGUUUCAAUAGCAGCCAUCCACUGGCUAUCAUCAUUCAUGGCUGGUCGGUGGACGGAAUGAUGGAGAACUGGAUUUCCAGGUUGGCAUCAGCACUAAAGAGCUCACAGGGAAGCAUCAAUGUGGUGAUAACAGACUGGCUGAAUCUGGCACACCAGCACUAUCCUAUAGCAGCUCUGAACACACGCAUAGUGGGACAGGACAUUGCCCAUCUGCUGAGGUGGCUAGAGGAUUUCAAACAAUUUCCUUUGGGAAAAGUGCACUUGAUUGGCUACAGCCUUGGCGCUCAUAUAUCUGGAUUUGCUGGAAGUAACUUAGCUGUGUCUGGGAAAACCUUGGGAAGAAUUACUGGUUUGGAUCCUGCAGGUCCAUUGUUUGAGGGAAUGUCUCAUACCGACAGACUCUCACCUGAGGAUGCUAUGUUUGUGGAUGCAAUCCAUACAUUUACCCAACAGCGCAUGGGACUCAGUGUGGGCAUCGAACAGCCUGUUGCCCACUUGGACUUCUACCCCAAUGGAGGAAUAUUUCAACCAGGGUGCCAGCUGCAUGUGCAAAACAUUUAUGCACAUUUAGCCCAGUACGGGAUUAUGGGAUUUGAGCAGACAGUGAAGUGUGCCCAUGAGCGCGCUGUGCAUCUCUUCAUCGACUCCCUGUUGAACAAAGACAAGCAGAUUAUGGCCUACAAGUGCAGCGACAACACGGCCUUCGAUAAGGGCUACUGUCUGGACUGCCGAAAGAACCGCUGUAACACUUUGGGUUAUGACAUCAAGAAAGUUCGCUCUGACACAAGCAAGAAACUGUUCCUCAAAACCCGUUCACACAUGCCAUACAAAUUGUUUCACUAUCAGUUCAGGAUCCAGUUCAUAAACCAAAUUGAUAAGAUCGACCCCACCCUCACAGUCUCUCUAACCGGGACACUGGGAGAAAGUGAAAAUGUCCCCAUAACACUAGUUGAGGAGAUUUCAGGUAACAAGACCUUUACGUUCCUCAUCACUCUGGACACUGAUAUAGGUGACCUGAUGAUAAUGCGCUUCACCUGGGAGGGAAGCCCUGUGUGGGCAAACAUGUGGAGCACAGUUAAGACCAUGAUACCUUGGGGCAAAGGUAGCAGAGGACCACAGCUCACUGUGGGGAAGAUUACAGUGAAAUCUGGAGAGACCCAGAGGAAAACCUCGUUUUGCGCACAGACAGAAGACGGCAUGUAUAUAGAGCCAUCGCAGGAGAAGGUGUUUGUGCGCUGUGAAAAGAAGCGGAGACUGAUGAAGCACGGCUAAAGAAACUCACCUCACACAUCCGAUCCCGUGUGUUCACGUCAGGACGUAUGGGACGGGGGAAACUGGACUUACUGUAAUAUAAUAUUAAUGUUUUAACUUGUAUUUUUAUGUUUAAAGAGUAGCAAGAAAGUUUGAUAUUAAACAUGUCAGACAUAUCAA